UCAUUUCUUCCUGCAAUCAGAGGCUGAACAACCAGAGGAAAUUGAUGGAAACGAACCAGACAAUGGGGAUGGCAUCGGCGACGAAGGCAAACUGCAAAGCCAGGGGGGCCAGGGGGGCCAACAUAAUGCCCCCGCCUAGUCCCGAGUGGAUGCUCUUGCAGAUCGAGCUCUUAGUCAUCUCCUCCGCCUUCUUGCUCCUCUUCCUCGUCAUCUUCGGCUCGUGCCGACGCUGUUGCAACAGCGACAAGCUCCGGCUCGUCAUCUUCGCAGCCUACUCUCUCUCGAACUACAUACUCACCUUCUCUCUAGGCCUCAUGCACAAUAUACGGUUCCACAACCCACUGUUCCCCAUCUGGGCAAUGCUCCUGAUGAUCGCCCUGGGGAGCGCCGAUUCUCUCUCUGCAUACAGUCUCGAGGACAACGAGAAGUGGAAGAGCUAUAACUGGCAGCUCGGGAUUAAAUCGAUCUGGUUGGGCUUGUUGAUAGGCUUGUCCAACGGCGACCUGUCCCACAAGACGAUCCUGUUCGCGUGCCUCUUCUUCAUCUGGGCCUUGAAGUGCGACGAGAGGGCUCGUGCCUUGAGGGCAGCAAGCCGGCAUUCUUUGGAGAGGAGCACCAAAGUGAUUGCUGAUUAUAUGAGCAGGGAGCACGAAAAUGGUGGUGAAGUUGAUCCAAUUAGCAUGAGAGGAUAUAAAUACUUAGUGAGGGGCGAAGAGGAGAGAUGGGCGAAUAACCUUGUUCCUAAGCGAUUUAUCAAGUGGUGUCUAGGGAGGAAGAAGCCGGCGCUGGCACCGGACUAUCGAACGCCAUUGGAAAACGAAGAUGAAUUAAUCACUGUCGAGAAGGUAUGGAAAUGUGAAGGGAGGCUCUUAAGCCAAGGAGGAGACCCCCACAACAAGAUCAAAGACAUAUGCCUCUCUUUUGCACUCUUCAAGCUCCUCCGUUUGAGAUAUGCUGGCUACUCAUUGCCCCAAGAGGCUUACAAGAAGACAUGGAAUUUGAUUCUCCAUGGAUUGCUCUCAGAACAAGACGGUUACAAACGGGCAUUUCGAGUCGUGGAGGUUGAGCUCGCAUUCCUUUUUGAUUUCUUGUACACCAAGUAUAAUAUCAUAUUCCAGCCCGGCCGGUUGUUGCUCAAAUUGGUGGAGCUUAUGUAUGUUGCUGUCGCCGUUUGGUAUACAACAUCAAUCUUGAAGAAUUACAAGAAACACUGCGAUAUUGACAAACCAGUCACUGUGCUGCAUGGGGUGACUCUCGACAUACUCAUGACCAACGUGAUGAUAAUCUCAUUCAUUGUUGUGGAGCUCAUGCAGCUCUUCUUCAUAUGGUUCUCGCAAUGGGCUAAAGUUAUGUGGAUCUGCCAGUAUGUGCAAAAGAAGUCAUGGCAAGAAAAUGUGUGGAUUGAGAGAAUGAUCAGAGUGAUAUGCUGGGUCCGAUUACUGAAGCCUUGGGAGCAAAAGCUUCGUCAGUACUCAUUGCUCGAGCAGUACUCUUACAAGCCUUUUAGUUUAUUGAACAACAAGCUGAUGGCGGUCUACAUCGAUCAAACUAGGGAUGGCCAGAGACAGAGCACGCCGAUCAAACUGCCUGAAGAAGUCAAGCAAGCAGUGUUUCAUGCUCUGAAGUCACAUGAUGGUAUCAAAUUGGAGAAUGGACAAGCCUCACUAAGGGGGGGCAAUGAGUCUAAGGAGUUGUUGUGGGCGUGUCAACUUGAGACACAGACUCAGGUCAUAAUGGUGUGGCACAUCGCCACUAGCUUCUGUGAGCACCAACGGCCAGAAAGAUCAAACUCGCCCGACACAAGGAGGAAUUUACUAGUGGCGACUAGCUUAUCCAAAUAUUUGGCUUACUUGGUUGCUUUUGCUCCACAGCUACUACCAGAUCACCCUUGCGUUGCAGAGCACGUGUUUGAUCAGGCGAUCAUCGAAGCCAUGGACUUCUUAGGGAGAUGCAAUAAAAAGGAUUGGAUUAGGGAAAUGGAGAGGAAGGGCAGAGUUAUAUCUACACAUGAAGAAACUAUUGUCAACCGAGGUGCUCGGCUCAGGAAUCAGCUUACGAAUGAUAUAAAACAUGAGGAUGAGAUUUGGAGGAUUCUAGCUGACUUUUGGGUGGAACUGGUGUUGUAUGUGGCACCUUCAGAUGAUAUGAAAGCGCAUGCAGAGCAUUUGACUAGAGGAGGGGAGUUUGUAACUCACUUGUGGGCUUUGCUCUCUCAUGCAAGGAUUGAGAGGUCAUCCUACUAAAGCCGCGUAAUGCACUAGAAAGAAGCAAAAGCCUGUGAACUAAUCCAGUGUAUGCUAGCAUCAAUUCCAAGUGACAGGUUGCUUAUGUACAAUUCAUGUGGAUCUCGCAACAGUCAACUGGGCAAUGAAUUUGGUUACAUCACUUACAGCUCUCACUAUGCAUUAAAUGGAAUCCUACUGCUAGUGAACAGCAACAUCAUAUGUAUUCCUC